AUGACUUUUGAUCACAAUCAUAAGGAUUUCGCUGCAGAUCCUCGAAAUGUCAGACUUGGGCUAGCUUCUGAUGGAAUGAAUCCUUUCAAAACAUUAAGUGUAAGCCAUAGUACAUGGCCAGUUAUUUUGAUACCAUAUAAUCUUCCUCCAUGGAUGUGUAUGAAGCAACCUAAUUUCAUUAUGUCUUUGCUCAUACCUGGUCCAGACGCACCUGGAAAUAAUAUUGAUGUAUAUCUAAAGCCACUGAUUGAAGAGUUAAAGGAGUUAUGGGAAGUUGGAGUUGAAACUUUUGAUGCAUCUACCAAAAAAAACUUUAAUAUGCGGGCAUCACUAUUAUGGACUAUCAGUGACUUUCCAGCAUAUGCAAACUUAUCAGGAUGGAGCACGAAAGGAAAAUAUGCGUGCCCAUCUUGUCAUCAAGACACUUAUUCUUUAUGGUUGAAGUAUAGCAAAAAACAUUGUUAUAUGGGACAUCGACGCUGGUUAGAAAACAACGACCCAUUUAGAAAUGAUGAAAAGUCUUUUGAUGGCACAAAAGAGAAAAGAAUGGCUCCAACACCAUUAAGUGGUUCUAUAAUACUGGAUACGUUAGCAGGCUACCAACUUAAAUUUGGGAAGACAGCUGUUAAUCCUUCAUUGCCAUACAAUUUGAAGAAAAAGAGUAUAUUUUUUGAUUUGCCAUAUUGGAAGGAUAAUUUAUUACGACACAAUCUUGAUGUGAUGCAUAUUGUAAAGAAUGUAUGUGAAAGUUUGAUUGUGACAUUAUUGAGUUUAGAUGCAAAAAAUAAAGACAAUCUGAAUGCACAUCUUGAUUUAAAAUAUAUGGGUAUUAGAUCUGAACUUCAUCCAAAGGAGAGCGAGUCAAAGAAAACUGUCAUUCCGCCUGCAUGUUUUACAUUAAGCAAAAAAGAAAAAAUUGUCUUCUGUCGAUUUCUAAAGACAAUUAAGGUUCGAGAUGGAUAUGCUGCCAACAUUUCUAGAUGUGUUGAUGUAAGCAAAAGAAAAAUUUAUGGGCUCAAAAGUCACGAUUUUCAUAUCAUUAUGACUCAAUUACUACCACUAGCACUAAGGGGGAUAUCGAGUGCACAUGUUCGUCUACAUCUAACUCCUUUAAGCAACAAUUUUCGCAUGAUGUAUUCAAAAGUUGCUCUACCACAAGAUUUUAUGCAACUUGAACAACAAAUACCUAUCAUUCUUUGUAAUCUUGAAAAAUUAUUUCCUCCUGCAUUUUUUGAUAUAAUGGUUCAUUUGGUGAUACACUUAGCAUAUGAGGCAAGAAUUGCUGGACCAUCAGUUUACCGUUGCAUAUACCCUAUUGAAAGCAAACCGGAAGGUUGUAUUGCUGAAGGAUAUUUAGCUGAUGAAUGUUUAACAUUUUGCUCAAGAUAUAUGGAAGGUGUGGAGACAAAAUUUAAUUGCAAGCCGAGAAAUUACAGUAAUGUGGAACCAAAUGGAGAAACACUGCCUAUUUUCCAAACGACAGGUCGACAUUUGGGCAAAAUAGAUACUAAGAAUUUAGAUGAGGAUACUAAAGUUAAGGCACAUCAAUAUGUGUUAUUUAAUUGCAAUAUCGUAGAAUCAUUUAUUGAGGAACAUCGAAAUAUGAUUGCACAACAAAACUCUCGUCAAACAACCAUGACCGUAGAUCGGAUUCAUAGCCAAUCAUUUCCUUCAUGGUUUGCAAAAAAGGUAGAAGAAUUAUAUGAUAAUGGGGAUGAUCGAGUUUCUGAAGAUUUACGUUGUUUGGCAAAAGGUCUAAACAAUAUUUUCAUUCGAUUUAAAAGAUAUCUAAUAAACGGUUUCAGGUUUCACACAAAAGAAAUUGAAAAGAACUUAAGAACUCAAAAUAGUGGAGUUAUUAUGACUGCCAAGACUCAAAGUUUCGCAAGUAGUAGGGACCCAAAUCCUGUUUUCGAAGAGGUUACUUUUUAUGGAAUAUUAACUGAUAUUAUAGAACUAGAUUAUUCUUUGGGAAAUCGUGUUGUGUUAUUUAAGUGUGAUUGGAUUUCAAGAAGUGGCAUUAAAAAAGAGAAGGAUUGCACAAGAGUCAACUUUUCAAAUUUGAUGCGUGAAGAUGAGCCAUUUAUACUAGCUUCUCAAGCAGAACAGGUAAUGUAUGUGGAAGACCUCAAACAUAAUGGAUGGCAUGUUGCUUUAAAAAUCAAUCCUAGAGAUUAUUAUAAUAUGAGUGUGCAAUCACACGAUGAGAAUGUGGAGUCUUAUUUGCAAACUGAAGUUUGUAGCGCAACUAUUGAUGUUGGGGAUGGAGAGAGUAGUUUGGUUAGGGAAGAUAUGUAA